AUGGACCAAAAUCAGCAUUUGAAUAAUACAGCAGAGGAAAAAUCUUCAGGGAAAAGAAAAAAGAGACGCUGCGAUGGAUUCAAGAUUUUCUUGGGAGCUAUGUCAUUAGGCUUCAUUUGCAAAGCACUAGGUGGAGUCAUUAUGAAAACUUCCAUUACUCAAAUAGAAAGAAGAUUUGACAUAUCCUCUUCUAUUGCUGGUAUAAUUGAUGGAGGCUUUGAAAUUGGAAACUUGCUUGUGAUUGUAUUCGUGAGUUACUAUGGAUCCAAAGUACACAGACCGAAGGUUAUUGGAAUUGGUACUUUCAUUAUGGGGGUCGGAAGCAUUAUGACAGCUUUACCACAUUUCUUCAUGGGAUAUUACAAGUAUUCUACUGAUGCCCAUAUUAAUCUAUCAGAGAAUUCAACACUAACCUGUUUGGUUAAUCAAACUUUAUCACUCACUGGAACACAACCUGAGAUAACAGAAGAAGGUUGUGAAAAAGAAUCAUCAUACAUGUGGAUAUAUGUCCUAAUGGGUAACAUGCUUCGUGGGAUAGGAGAAACUCCUAUCGUGCCACUGGGGAUUUCUUAUAUUGAUGAUUUUGCUAAAGAAGGACAUUCUUCUGUUUACAUAGGUGGGUUGCAAGCAAUAGCAAUGAUUGGUCCAGUCAUUGGCUUUGUAAUGGGAUCUGUGUUUGCAAAAAUGUAUGUGGACGUUGGCUACGUAGAUCUAAGCAGCAUCAGAAUAACUCCCACGGACUCUCGCUGGGUUGGUGCUUGGUGGCUUAGUUUCCUUAUAUCUGGACUCCUAUCCAUUAUUUCUUCCAUACCAUUCUUUUUUCUACACAAAAAUCCAUAUAAAUCAAAGAAAGAAAGGAAAGUUUCAGCAUCUUUGCAUGUACUCAAAACAAAUGAAGAAAGGACUCAAACAGCUAAUUUGACCAACGGUGAGAAAAAGACUACUAUAAAUACAAAUGGUUUUUUCCAGUCUUUGAAAAUCCUCCUUACCAAUCACCUCUAUGUUAUAUUCUUGAUUUUGACAUUGCUACAGAUAAGUGGCUUUAUUGGUUUUUUUACUUAUGUAUUCAAAUACACAGAGCAACAAUAUGGUCAGUCAGCAUCUCAGGCUAAUAUUUUGUUGGGACUCAUAACCUUACCAGCUAUGGCAACAGGAAUGUUUUUAGGAGGAUAUAUCAUUAAAAAACUCAAAUUGACCUUGAUUGGAAUUGCCAAAUUUUCAUUUUUUACUUAUUUCAUGUCUUUCUUGUUUUUUCUGUUAAAAUUUGGUCUACUUUGUGAAAACAAAUCAAUUGCCGGCCUAACCUUGACCUAUGAUGGAAUUAAUCCAGUGGCAUCUCAUGUAGAUGUACCACAUUCUUAUUGCAACUCAGACUGCAAUUGUGAUGAAGAUCAAUGGGAACCCAUCUGUGGGGACAAUGGAAUAACUUACAUUUCACCUUGUCUAGCAGGAUGCACAUCUUCAAGUGGCCAGAAAAAGUCUAUAGUCUUUCAUAACUGUACUUGUAUAGAAGGGUCUAAUUUCCAGAACACAAAUUAUUCAGCCCGUUUGGGUGAAUGCCCAAGAGAUGAUAAUUGUAAAAAAAAAUAUUACUUCUAUUUAACUGCACAAGUCGUAAGUUCUGUUUGCAAUGCAUUGGGAUCCGCCUCAUUUGUCAUGCUGCUUGUGAAAAAUGUUCCACCUGAAUUGAAAUCACUUGCAAUGGGUUGCCAUUCACUGAUUAUACGAACACUAGGAGGAAUGUUAGCUCCAGUAUAUUUUGGGGCCCUGAUUGAUAAAACAUGUUUGAAGUGGUCCAUCAACAGCUGUGGAGCACAAGGGAGCUGUAGGGUAUAUAAUUCUGUAUUAUUUGGAUACGUCUACAUGGGCUUGAUAAUACUGUUAAAAGUUCUAGCACUUAUUUUAUAUAUUGUAUUAAUUUAUGCCAUGAAGAAAAAAUAUGAAGGAAAAGAUACCAAGGCAUCAGAAAACAGAGAAAAAAUCACUGAAGAACCAAAUUUAGAACCUUUAAAUAACAAUGGAUGUGUUGCACCUUCUGGAGUAGUCAAGGAAACACACAAUUAA